AUGGCUCGUCUGGUGGCCCUCCAUCUGACCGUCGCCAUACUCUUAUGCGGACCCUGCGCAUCCGCUCUGACUUCCUUUGAAACCAACUUGCUAGAAACCGAAGACUGCUUCCGCUUUGAGAUGCACGAUGAAGGCUACAAGCUCGUCUCUGGCACCAACCGGGAAAAUGCCCUGCAAAUCAAUCCCUGCCCCCUCGCUGGCCGCUGCAACGCCAUUCAAUUUGGCGAAUGCGAGUCGGGAAGCACUCGCAUCUGCCUGAACUUUGAGCCCUGUCAAAGUAAUAACAACGGCUGCGUCCGCCUCAUUCGCAAGGACGCCCAAACUGAAAUCGGCAGCUGGAAAAAGCUGGGCAAGUUCUACUUUCGUUGCGAAGAUGGUCGUACCCUGGAUGACCUGGUUGAUACAGAGGAGGGUGCCACCAUCCUCUCCACCCUAAAGCGUGACCUUUUGGAUCACUGCGACCUUGACUUCCCCGAAUGCGAACUGGGCAUUGAGCAAGCGCUCCUGCGCACCCGCAAGAAAGAUGCUCGUGUCAAGUACCCUCUUGAAGACAAGGAUCAUCACCGGGCCAUCAAGAAAUGCCUGAAGCAACAGCCAUUAACCAUUGGCCAAUGCGUUUUAAGCUUUAAAAAACCCAACGAGCUCAGUUCCUCUACGACUACCACCACUACUACCACGACUACCACCACUGAAUCAACUACCACCACCACUACCACCACCACUACCACCACUGAAUCAACUACCACCACUACUACCACUGAAUCAACCACUACCACCACUGAAUCAACCACUACCACCACUGAAUCAACCACUACCACCACAACCACCACAACCACCACUGAAUCAACCACUACUGAACCAACUACCACGACUACCACCACCACAACCGAGCCAACCACCACUACUACCACUACCACGGAACAGGAGGAAGAUGACGACAACAAUCAGGCAAGGGGUCCCUACUGGAGUGAACUUCCAGGGCUGCCUGAUGACCUCUCCGAAGUGACGUCAACCGUCUACGAUGACGUCUUGUAUGUUAUCGGUGAGACCAGCGGUGCCACGCUGGCUCUGGAUCUCAACUCGCAGCAAUGGAGCUUUAAGGCUCAACGACCUCACGCCGGUCACCAUGGCGUCGGUGUGGUCUAUCAAAACAAGUGGUGGGUCUUUGGUGGCUUCGGGUCAGACGGCAAGGUUCAAGUCUACGAUUUCGCUCAAGAUUCUUGGGAGCUCAAAACGGAGUGCCCUGCCAAGGUGGGCAGCACCAACGUGGCCCUCUUUGGCAAUACUCUGUACCAGUGCGGUGGCAUUGAGAAUGGUGACACGAUUUCCGAGUGCUACACGUACGACAUGGACGGCGAUUCGUGGUCCCAGAUUGGAGACAUGCCCAUGGGCAUGAACCAUGCCGCCUUUGCCGGCGAUGCCGAUGGCAACUUUUGGAUCUUUGGUGGCCGCCAGGGAGGCAACGUGGUGGGCAACGGUUUUGAGAUGGUACAAAAAUAUUCCACGACUACCAACACUUGGGAGACGAGCAGUACUUCCAGCUUGGCUCCGAUGCCCCAUCAGAUUGGAGGCACAGGGCCUGCAGUCUACUACCAGGGCAAGCUGCUUGUGAUGGGCGGUGAGACACUGAACAAUCCGGAUGGUGAGGCUGCUGACGGCAAUGUCUUUCCCCACGUGCUUCUCUAUGACAUUGCGAGCAACUCGUGGCUGGAGGAUGCUAUUCCACCCUUGCCCACACCUCGCCAUGGCAUCUAUGCCGAGGAGUACAACGGCCGCGUUUAUGUCGCUGGUGGUGGUGUCAACGCCGGCUAUUCUCAAUCAACGGCUGUUGAGGUCUUGGAUUUGGACCGCUGGCUAAGCGAUAAUGGCAUUGACGGACUGCGGAAGCAUGUUUUGGCACACGUGUUCAAGGCAAACAUCACGGAUGGCUCGCCAAAGGGGCUCAAUCUCCAGCAAAAUGAGGCGGCUGGCCUCUUGACCCUGCAGGAGGCGGCGGAGGCCAACGUGCACGGCGACGAAGAUACGGUGAAGGUGGGCGUCGGGCCCAAUGGCGGGACCCAACGGGCCGAAGCGGGUGUGGAGAGGGCCCGGUGGGGCGUUGGCGUUGUGCGUGAGAAGGUAGCACUGAAGGCGAGGCGCCGCAAUAUGGGGCAGGACGUCAAGCCAAACGGCGUGAAGGCGCCGAAGGUUCGGCAAGGAGGGAAGGUCAGGAGCGGCAUUGGCCAGGGUGGCCAGGCCCAUGCCUUGAAGUUGAAUGGAGGGGAUGUGGCGAAUGGCAGCCAGGACGGUGCUGACGUGAGUACGCGGAACGUCCUUUUCGAGUUGAAGUGCGAGGUGGCUCAAACGCUCCGCGGCGAUCAGGCGCUGCGCCACGAGCGGUGCGUGGGUGCCAUUCACGAGGACGGUGAGUUGCUCAAAAAAGGGCCAUAG